CUCCACGGCCGGACUAAAGGUCGAGCCGCAGGAGCGGCCGUCUGGGCCGGAGCCGGUUGGCGAGGGGCAGGGGAGAAGGGGAGAAAACCCCAACCCCCAAGAAGAAAACUCUUUGCCAACGCUGGAAGAUGGCGCGGGCGGUGGUGUGAGCGGGCAGGACGCCCAGGGCAGGACUAAAGGCGGGGACACCUGCGUGGACGCCGGGAUCAUGUCGUUGGGAGAGCUCUACAGUCAGUUCACGAGAGUCUGGAUCCCCGACCCUGACGAUGUGUGGCGAUCAGCAGAAAUUACCAAAGGCUACAAAGAGGGAGAUAAAAGCCUACAACUCAAACUUGAAGAUGAAACUAUCUACGAAUACCCACUCGAUCUCAAAAGCAACCAGUUCCCCUUCUUGCGGAAUCCGGAUAUCUUGGUGGGAGAAAAUGACUUGACAGCUCUUAGCUAUCUACACGAGCCGGCGGUUUUGCACAACUUAAAAGUCCGUUUCUUGGAGUCGAACCACAUCUAUACCUACUGUGGCAUUGUGCUUGUUGCCAUUAACCCCUACGAACAGUUGCCAAUCUACGGACAAGAUGUCAUCUACGCGUACAGCGGCCAAAACAUGGGUGACAUGGACCCUCACAUUUUUGCCGUGGCUGAGGAGGCCUACAAGCAGAUGGCCAGAGAUGAAAAGAACCAGUCCAUCAUUGUGAGUGGGGAGUCUGGAGCUGGGAAGACUGUGUCAGCCAAAUACGCCAUGCGCUACUUUGCCACAGUUGGAGGCUCUGCCAGUGAAACCAACAUUGAAGAGAAAGUCCUCGCAUCCAGUCCUAUCAUGGAGGCCAUUGGAAAUGCUAAGACUACUCGGAAUGACAACAGCAGUCGUUUUGGAAAAUACAUCCAGAUUGGCUUUGAUAAAAGAUAUCACAUCAUCGGUGCCAACAUGCGAACAUAUCUGUUGGAAAAAUCCAGAGUUGUGUUUCAGGCAGAUGAUGAAAGAAAUUAUCACAUCUUCUACCAGCUCUGUGCCUCAGCCAGUCUUCCGGAGUUUAAAGAGCUAGCACUAACAUGUGCCGAGGACUUUUUCUACGCCGCUCAGGGACGUGAUGCAGCUAUUGAAGGGGUGGAUGAUGCCGAAGACUUCGAGAAGACCAGACAGGCCUUCACUCUUCUUGGAGUGAGAGAAUCCCAUCAGAUGAGCAUUUUUAAGAUAAUUGCUUCUAUUCUGCACCUUGGAAAUGUGGACAUUCAAGCUGAACGAGAUGGGGAGGCGUGUAGCAUUUCAACCCACGAUGAGCACCUGAACAAUUUUUGCAGAUUGUUGGGAGUAGAAAACAGCCAGAUGGAACACUGGCUUUGCCACCGCAAACUGGUUACAACCUCCGAGACUUACGUGAAGACCAUGUCCUUGCAGCAGGUUAUCAAUGCCAGGAAUGCUCUGGCCAAGCACAUCUAUGCCCAGCUGUUCAACUGGAUUGUGGAGCACAUCAACAAAGCCCUACACACCACCCUGAAGCAGCACUCUUUCAUUGGCGUCCUGGAUAUCUACGGAUUUGAAACCUUUGAAGUGAAUAGCUUCGAACAGUUUUGCAUCAACUACGCAAAUGAAAAACUCCAGCAGCAGUUCAACUCGCAUGUUUUCAAACUGGAGCAAGAGGAGUAUAUGAAAGAGCAAAUUCCCUGGACCCUUAUAGAUUUUUACGAUAACCAGCCUUGUAUCGAUCUAAUAGAAGCUAAACUGGGUAUCUUGGACCUGCUGGAUGAAGAAUGUAAGGUUCCCAAAGGAACUGACCAGAACUGGGCUCAGAAAUUGUAUGACCGCCAUGCCAGCAGCCAACAUUUCCAGAAGCCUCGCAUGUCCAACACAUCCUUCAUUGUCCUUCAUUUUGCAGAUAAGGUGGAAUACCAUUCUGAAGGCUUUCUUGAGAAGAACAGAGACACUGUGCAUGAAGAGCAGAUCAACAUUCUGAAGGCCAGCAAGUACCCACUGGUGGCCGACUUAUUUCAAGAUGAGAGAGAUUCAGCACCUACCUCCUCAGCUGGAAAAGGAGCAACUUCGAAAAUCAGCAUCCGCUCUUCCAAGCCGACCUUGAAAGCUUCCAACAAAGAACACAAGAAAACUGUCGGGCACCAGUUCCGCACCUCUUUGCACUUGCUCAUGGAGACCCUGAACGCCACCACUCCUCACUACGUACGCUGCAUCAAGCCAAAUGACGAAAAGCUUCCGUUCCACUUUGAUCCCAAGAGAGCAGUUCAGCAGCUAAGAGCCUGCGGAGUAUUGGAGACGAUCAGAAUCAGUGCAGCGGGAUACCCAUCAAGGUGGGCCUACCAUGACUUCUUCAACAGGUACAGAGUGCUCAUCAAGAAGAGGGAUCUCUCUAAGACUGAUAAAAAGGAGAUCUGCAAAAAGGUCUUGGAAGGCCUCAUAAAGGACCCUGACAAGUUUCAGUUCGGUCGCACCAAGAUUUUUUUCCGGGCGGGCCAGGUGGCCUACUUGGAGAAGCUGCGGGCGGACAAGUUCCGGGCAGCCACCAUCAUGAUCCAGAAGACUGUGAGGGGCUGGCUGCAGAAGGUGAAAUAUCGCCGUUUACGAAGGGCCACCAUGACCCUGCAGAAGUACACACGAGGACACUUGGCUCGCAGGCUGGCCGAGCACCUGCGGAAAACCAGGGCUGCCACCGUCCUGCAGAAGUAUUACCGGAUGCAGAGGAUUUACCAGGCCUACCAGAGGAUCCGCAACGCUGCCAUCGUCAUCCAGGCCUUCACCCGUGGCAUGUUCGUGCGGAGAGCGUAUCGCCAGGUCCUGUUGGAGCACAAGGCCACCAUCGUUCAGAAAUACUGCCGGGGCUGGAUGGCCCGGAAGAGGUUCCGUCAGUUAAGGAAUGCGGCUAUUGUGAUCCAGUGCUCUUUCAGGCGGCUGAAGGCCAGGCGGGAGCUGAAGGCCCUCAAGAUAGAGGCCCGGUCCGCCCAGCACCUGAAGCGGCUCAAUGUUGGGAUGGAGAACAAGGUUGUCCAGCUGCAAAGGAAGAUUGAUGACCAGAACAAAGAGUUCAAGACUCUGAACGAGCAGCUUUCCACCGUGACCUCCGCCCACACUGUAGAGGUGGAGAAGCUGAAGAAGGAGCUGGCCCGCUACCAGCAGAGCCAGGGAGGGGACGACAGCCAGCGCCUCAGUCUGCAAGAGGAGAUCGAGACCCUCAAGGUGGAGCUCGGGAAAGCCCACUCGGAGAAGAAGGUCCUAGAGGAUGUCCACGCCCAAGAGAAGGAUGAACUGAGAAAGAGAGUCUCUGAUCUGGAGAAAGAAAACGCUCUUUUGAAACAUGAAAAAGAGGAGCUCAACAACCAAAUCCUUGGCCAAGUUAAAGAUGAAUUUGCCCAAAACACUAUAAAGGAAAAUCUGCUGAUGAAAAGGGAUCUGGAGGAUGAAAGAUCACGGUACCAGAAUCUCGUGAAGGAGUAUUCCCGGCUGGAGCAGAGAUAUGACAACCUGAGGGAUGAGAUGACAAUUAUAAAGCAAACCCCAGGGCACCGGAGGAACCCAUCAAAUCAAAGCAGCCUAGAGUCCGACUCCAACUACCCUUCAAUCUCUACGUCUGAGAUAGGAGACACUGAAGACACCAUGCAGCAGGUGGAGGAAAUUGGCUUGGAGAAAGCAGCCAUGGACAUGACUGUCUUCUUAAAGCUCCAGAAGCGAGUGAGAGAGCUGGAACAGGAAAGGAAGAAACUUCAAACUCAGCUGGAGAAAAAAGAGCAACAGGAAAGCAAGAAAUCCCAGGUAACUGAGCCAAAGGAGGAUGUCAGUGUGGACCAGGAGGCAGAUCUGGCCUACAACAGUCUGAAGAGACAAGAGUUGGAGUCAGAGAACAAAAAACUGAAGAAUGAGGUCAACGAACUGAGGAAGGCCGUGGCAGACCAGGCCACGAGGGACAACUCGACCAAUGACGCCCAGGACAGCUACACCCUCCUUCUGAACCAGCUGAAGUCAGCCAAUGAGGAACUGGAGGUCCGCAAGGAGGAGGUGCUCAUUCUGAGGACCCAGAUUGUCAGUGCGGACCAGCGGAGGCUGGCUGGCCGAAACGAGCCCAACAUUAACGCCCGUACAAGCUGGCCCAACAGCGAGAAACAUGUCGACCAAGAGGAUGCAAUCGAGGCCUACCAUGGGGUCUGCCAGACCAACAGGCUGUUGGAGGCCCAGCUCCAGGCGCAGAGCAGAGAGCACGAAGAAGAGGUGGAGGCACUCAAAGCCCGCGUGGAAGGCCUGAAGGAGGAAAUGGAGAAGCAGCAGCAAACCUUCUGCCAGACACUGCUCUUAUCACCUGAAGCCCAGGUGGAAUUUGGAGUCCAGCAAGAAAUCACCCGCCUGACCAAUGAAAACCUGGACCUUAAGGAAGUAGUGGAAAAACUGGAAAAAAAUGAGAAGAAACUGAAGAAGCAAUUGAAGAUUUACAUGAAGAAAGUCCAGGAUCUAGAAGCGGCCCAGGCACUAGCCCAGAGUGAAAGGAAGAGGCAUGAGCUCAACAGACAGGUUGCCGUCCAGCGCAAGGAGAAGGAUUUCCAGGGGAUGCUGGAAUACUACAGAGAAGAUGAGCCGCUUCUCAUCCGAAAUCUGGUCACAGAUCUGAAGCCCCAGGCUCUAUUAGGCACCGUGCCAUGUCUCCCCGCCUACAUCCUCUACAUGUGCAUCAGGCAUGCAGAUUACAUCAACGAUGACCAGAAGGUUCACUCCUUGCUCACCUCCACCAUCAAUGGCAUCAAGAAAGUCCUAAAGAAGCACCACGAAGACUUCGAGAUGACAGCAUUCUGGUUAUCCAAUGCCUGUCGCCUCCUCCAUUGCCUAAAGCAGUACAGCGGAGAUGAGGGCUUCAUGACCCAGAACACCCCCAAGCAGAACGAGCACUGCCUCAAGAACUUUGACCUCACCGAAUACCGCCAGGUGCUGAGUGACCUGUCCAUCCAGAUCUAUCAGCAGCUCAUCAAGAUCGCUGAGGGCAUGCUGCAGCCCAUGAUAGUGUCUGCCAUGUUGGAAAAUGAAAGCAUCCAGGGUCUGUCUGGAGUGAAGCCCACAGGCUACAGGAAGCGGUCGUCCAGCAUGGUGGAUGGGGACAGUUCCUACUGCCUGGAUGCCAUUAUUCGCCAGAUGAAUUCCUUUCACAACGUCAUGUGCGACCAGGGCCUCGACCCCGAGAUCAUUCAGCAGGUCUUCAAGCAGCUCUUCUACAUGAUCAAUGCUGUGGCCCUCAACAAUCUCCUCCUGCGGAAGGAUGUCUGUUCGUGGAGCACAGGGAUGCAGCUCAGGUACAACAUAAGUCAGCUGGAGGAGUGGCUGAGGGGGAAGAACCUCCAUCAGAGCGGGGCGGUGCUGACCAUGGAGCCCCUGAUCCAGGCGGCCCAGCUCCUCCAGCUGAAGAAGAAGACGUCCGAGGACGCCGAGGCCAUCUGCUCCCUGUGCACCUCCCUCACCACCCAGCAGAUUGUGAAAAUCCUAAACCUCUACACUCCCCUGAAUGAGUUUGAGGAGCGAGUGACAGUAGCCUUCAUACGAACGAUUCAGGCACAGCUUCAGGAGCGCAAUGACCCUCCACAACUGCUUUUAGACUUCAAGCACAUGUUCCCCGUCUUGUUUCCUUUCAACCCGUCAUCUCUGACCAUGGACUCUAUUCACAUCCCAGCUUCUCUCAACCUAGAAUUUCUCAAUGAGGUCUGAAGACAAAGGCUGCCAACCUCAGCUCCAGCCACACUGAGUUAAGCAAAAAUGAAAUGAAUUUAAGGAUCUUUAUUUUAAUGUGGUAAAAUAUGGACCAAAUCAGAUUUUUCAAGAAACACUAUAUGCUGAACCGUGCAGUAUAAGAAGACACUGAUCUUCAAUGUGAUUUUUUUUUCUUGAUAGCCUGCAGCUCAGAAUAAGAAUACUUGAAAUACAGAAGUUUUUUGAUGUGUUUUUUUUUUUUAAUGGUUUGAAUUCAGACUAAAUAAAUGCAGUCUACAGCCGUGUAAGAAUAUCUCCCCAAUGUCAGGGAGAGCUAAUCCCUUCCAGGGGAAGCUGACAGAGUUUUAUUCACAGCUUCAUCCAGAUAAAUGUCAAACCGACUGCAAAAUAGGGCAUUUAAAAAGCCUUCAAGGGGGCUUCUAAGAAUUGAAGACAUUAUGUUGUUGGCACAAAUUGAGAUUUCCACAGGGAGAAGAGUCAGUUGAAAGCUGUUGCUGCCGUGUGUGGUUUGUGGUGAGUUAUGCUAUUGGGAAUUUGGAAAGUCUUCCAAAUUCUCACAAUGCACUUGUGCACGUAUCCCAAUCACAGUGGUGAUGGAGAUGAUGUUGGCAUCUGUUCUUUUCCCCUUGUCAUUAGUGUUUUACUGUUUGUUGCUUCCUGGAGCAUCAGUUUCUGAGAAGAACCUACAUAGCCUCCUUUUAUGCAGACCUGUAGAUUUAUGGAAAGAGCAAGUGACUUUAAAGUUGCUGUCUCCUAAUAAAUACUGUUCAGUUAAAAGGUAUGAGGAGAGUGUUGCUAUGUACCCGGAUUUAAUCUAUGUUGCAUGUGUCCAGACUAGAGGCCUUUAAUUAGGUAAUUCACAGAGAUUGAAAGUUGACGGAGAGCAGUGACAGGAGUAACAUCCAGGUUUGAUUGGCAGCAGUGAAAACCAAAAGCAUCAUCACUCCUCUUAAAGGUAAAAUGCCUCAUGGGUCCAGAAAGCAAGUAAGUGAUAUUUCAUUAUCAAAUAAAUAACCCAGGGUGAUUUGAGCACUCAGAGAAACGAACAGCAGCUUCUUGAGCUCAAAAGGUAUUUUGGUAUAUAAGAAUGUGAUUUGUGCAAAUCAAACCUGUCUAACUUAAAAAAAGCCACAAAUCAAAGAUAAUUUGGGGUUUUAGCAAUUCCCCUAAUGUGAAUGAAAGGAUGUUGGAGGUGGGGAGAGAGGAACUUGCCAUGUUCAACACUGAUUAUACAUGUACAUGUCUAGUUACAAAAGUAUAAAAUGGUAGUGUUUAACUACACAUUGGUAUUUCUCAGAAGUCAGUGUCUAUUUUAAAACACUCCAGUGUCAUUAUGUACUUUGCACUGGCUCUCUUGAGGAUUUUGCCAUUAAAAUCACCGUUUGGAAAUAGAAGAAGGAAAUAGCGUUGCCAAGAACGAGAAGUUAAGCCAGGAAAACAGCAACACCUGGGCAUUAUGGCGAGAGGGCAGUAGUGGCUCUGCAAAGCCCUGGGGUACGCCCUCCUUCCCCCCUCCCCUCCCCAUGACCCCAGUUCUCCUUCCCAGUAGUCCAGGGAUCCCUGGAAACUGGGACUGGGAUUAAGAGCAAUGACACCUGACCCCACCCUCUCCCGGUCCUGCUCCCUGUCGGAUUUAGCCAAAUGGGCACAGUGGAAAGGUCUCUCCUGCUGUUUCCCUCAUAUCAACUUUUCCGAGGCUCCCCCUGGCCCUUGCUUUCCUCUCCCUCUGUUGAGUCUGACUCUUGUCUGGCAGCCAACACAGCAGCCCCUUGGGCGUGCAGUGGGGUCCCCAAACCUAGUUAGCAUGUCACUUUUGGCUAGGACCUCCUCUACUUCUGAGCCAAACAUGUUACCAUGGAGGUAGACCUUCGUGUCCGGCAACAAAUCUUCUUUGGUUCCAAAGGACAGUCUACCGACAGUCAUUUCUAUGGCCACCUCCAACUAUCUGCUCGAGGACCCUGAAAAUAAUUGUGUUGCACUUUAUUGGGAAGUUUUAAUCUUCCUUCUCCUGCAAGGAAUAUCUUUUACCCUCAAUGUAACCAGAUGGGUUGAAAAGCAGACUAUUCACAAUGGCACUUUGAAUGAAAAAGUAGCCAUACAAAUACACUCUCCCCAGCUGUCCUUUCACAUCAUUUUAACCCAGUAGUGCCCCUGGGCUUUGCAGGCUCCUUAACUUCUGCUUGAUGACUGCCCCUGCCAAGGAUAUGUAGAAUGAAUGGCUUAAAGAUUAUCUAUCCCAGGUGUAAAACUGGAGCUCAGAUUCCUCAUGGGAUAAAAGUCUUUCACUGGAGCUGUAAAGAAUUUAAUUUAUAUGUAUAAUUUAAAAAGUGCUUUCAAGGAGGGUAAGAAUAGUAAUACAUAAGACUAGGUUAUUUAACGUUUGGGUCUGUUAUGCUGUAUUUAACUUAUCCGCUUAGUCACUGUUUGGAAGGGGAAUCUUUAGAGAAGAUCUUUAAUGUACAAAAACUUUAUGAUAUCAUUAUUUUAUUCUUGGAGGGGGUUUUUUAGGCUAAUUCAAUUAGAGACAGACACACACACACACACACACACACACACACACACUCUCUCUCACUCUCAUGCCUACUUCAAAUCCAUGAAAUCAGGAAUGGCAUUUUGAUUUGUAGAACUUAGACUGAUAUGAAAUUAUAACUUUGCGAAUACCUUAUCUCAGAGACCUAGCUUUAUUUUUCAAUUAUUUAUCAUUAAGUUGAGCACUUUUCCCCACUAUGUGCCUUCAGCUGUUACUAAGGUAACUGACUUCUCAAACACUAUUUCUCUGACAGAAAUGUUACUGUGGGAAGAAUAUUAAAAGCAUCCCAGUGGGCUUAUAAUUUCUCCAUUGAAACAUGACACCGAACUCUUUCUAGAAAUCACAGAGGCAGCAAAAUAUUUACAGAUUACAUGACUCCUUCAUUACAUUUUUUUAAGAGUAUUAUGUGGGAGCUAUCCACUCUUCUCCCUCCCAACCCCCAUAAGAUCAUUCAGCAUCUCCCUGCUGCAAUUGGUGAUCAUUCACAUUUGCCAAUGCAUCCAUCGGGUCUGUGAUCUCACUCCCGCAACUUUAUUACAGCACUUCUGGGCACAGGCAGGAUACAUUUUUUUUUUUUUUUAUAGGAGUCUCUUUUCGUCUUUCCUGGAUGCACAUGUCUGUACCUGCCCCUUUUGAUCUGCCACUGCUGCAGUUUUAUAGUUGUUUCUAAGGAAAUCAGGAGCUUGGCAAGUCAACCACCACCAUCGACAAUCCGCAAGCUUUAGCUGAGGCCCAGAUCACACUUUUUGAAAGGUUGCACUGCCUUUAGCAGUCAAAUCCUUUAGCAUUUAACAAUACAUGGCCAACCUAGCCCUUUUCAUUAGCCUGUAACGAUACACCGCACCCAUUUCUUCAGGAUUGACUUGAUAUUGUGGUCAUAGGUGAGGCCAUAGAGUAGCGCGUAACUGACAACUGUACACUUCUGACUACUAAACCUGCCUCUCUAGAGUUCUGUUCUCCUCAUCCAGGUAGAACUUCUCGGUAAGUGCUUGACCUGUGCCAAUUAAAGCCAGAGUUUCUAGGUAUAAGUGAAUAACCCAGAUCUUUUCAUUCACUUCUCUCCCAUCCCUGAUGCUACAUUGGCCAAAGAAAAAUAAUUCUGACCCAGCACAGGACUUAAUACCCCAGAAAAUAAAUUGCAAGGAUCAUCCUUACACUAUUUUUUAAAUAUAAAGCCAAAAGAGUGAUUUUUUUUCCUCCUUAAAUAUACAUGCUGGCAAAGAGGAUUCAUCUGAAAUAGCACACUAGGAAAAAAAUGUAGUUUUAUGGCACCAGUCCAUCCAGAUUUUGGGGUAGCAUUGCCACCUAUUGAUAUACAGAAGGCACACCCUUUCUAAAGAAGUUUGAAUCAGGCUGGGGUGGGAGAAUCUAAUAUUCUAGGUGAAACACUACUGAUGAAAAGAAAAAUAUUUUUCCAUUUUAAACCAAUCUGUAAACUACACCUUUGUUUAUAGGAAAAUGCUUGUAAUAGUCACUGUAAUAUUCAGCUGUGGAAAAAAAUUUGUGAAAUAAAUACUUUUGAAUAAA